AUGCAGUCGAACCCCCUUGGCUCGAACACCCUGCAUGGGCCGAGGCCGUCAACCACUGACCCUGCCUCGGCGGUCACCAACCGACCAUUCCCAGGCGGUCGCCCACCGACCAUUCCCAGGCGGUCAACCACUGACCCUGCCCAGGCGGUCACACAUCCACCAUUCCCAGGCGGUCAACCACUGACCCUGCCCAGGCGGUCACCCACCGACCAUUCCAAGGCGGUCACCCACCGACCAUUCCCAGGCGGUCAACCACCUACCCUGCCCAGGUGGUCACCAACCGACCAUUCCCAGGCGGGGUCAACCAAUAACCUUGCCAAGGCGGUCACCCAUCCACCAUUCCCAGGCGGUCAACCACUGACCCUGCCCAGGCGGUCACUCACCGACCAUUCCCAGGUGGUCACCCACCGGCCAUUCCCAGGCGGUCAACCACUGACCCUACACAGGCGGUCACCCACCGACCAUUCCCAGGCGGUCAACCACUGA